GGAAAGAAUGCGAGUGGAUCCAAACAGCGUUAUAAUCGUAAAAGAGAAACUUCAUAUUCAAAAAAUGAGAACUUUUCCAGUCAGUCCCGUCGUUCCAAUUCACAGAAAAGCAAAGCUUUUAACAAGAUGCCCCCUCAAAGGGGAGGUAGUGGUGGAAGUGGCAAACUUUUUAGCUCUUGUAAUGGUGGAAGACGAGAUGAGGUAGCAGAGGUUCAGCGGGCAGAGUUCAGCCCUGCCCAAUUCUCUGGUCCCAAGAAGAUUAAUCUGAACCAUUUACUGAACUUCACUUUUGAACCCCGUGGCCAAGCAGGCCAUUUUGAUGGGAAUGGACAUGGCAACUGGGGGAAAAGGAACAAGUGGGGACAUAAGCCUUUCAACAAGGAGCUCUUCCUACAGGCCAACUGCCAGUUUGUUGUCUCUGAAGAACAGGACUACACAGUCCACUUUGCUGAUCCAGAUACCUUGGUCAACUGGGACUUUGUGGAGCAAGUGCGAAUUUGUAGCCAUGAAGUGCCCUCUUGCCCAAUAUGUCUGUACCCACCAACUGCAGCAAAGAUCACCCGCUGUGGGCAUAUCUUUUGUUGGGCAUGUAUCCUUCACUAUCUCUCCUUGAGUGAAAAAACCUGGAGUAAAUGUCCUAUUUGUUAUGGCUCUGUUCACAAGAAGGACCUCAAGAGUGUUGUUGCUAUGGAAACACGUCAAUAUGCAAUUGGUGAUAUCAUUACGAUGCAACUUAUGAGAAGAGAGAAAGGUGUUUUGAUAGCACUGCCUAAAUCUCAGUGGAUGAAUGUGGUGCAGCCUGUUUAUAUCGCAGAUGACCAGCACAGUCAGUAUUCAAAGCUGCUUCUGGCAUCCAGGGAGCAAGUCUUGCAGCUGGUGAUUCUGGAGGAGAAAGCAGCGUUACUAAAACAGUAUGAGGAAGAAAAACACACCCCAGAGGCUUGCUUUAUUGAGGCAGCUAUCCAGGAACUGAAGGAGCGAGAAACAGCACUCUCUGCUGACCAAGAUAAAAACAAUGGCGUUGCUGGAAUCAGUGCAGCUGUGGAGGAAUUGGUCCUAGAAAGCUCCAAGGCUGUGGAGCCUGCAGUUUCCCAAGAGAAAAAGUGUGGUGUGGAAUAUCUCUCUGCAUUUGAUGAGGAGCUUGUGGAGCCUUGCUCUGAUCUGGCAAGUUCCUUUUCGCCACCUGUGGAAGCAGAAGAGGCAGUGCUGGAUGAAGCUGAACUUCCUGAGGUGGACACUGUAGGGGAACCUGAUAUGAACACUACAGAAGAACCAAAUCCAGCUGAAACAAGCUACCAAGAAUCUAAAGAUACAAUUAGCAGUGGACAUCUUGGCAACUCUCCUUUUUACUAUUUCUAUCAAGCGGAGGAUGGACAGUGUAUGUAUCUUCACCCUGUGAAUGUUCGAUGUCUUGUUCGUGAAUAUGGCAGCUUGGAGAAGAGUCCAGAGAAGAUAACUGCAUCUGUAGUGGAGAUAACUGGCUACUCAAUGACAGAGGAUAUAAGACAGCGUCAUCGCUACCUCUGUCACUUGCCCCUCACCUGUGAGUUCAGCAUUUGUGAACUGGCUCUGAAACCACCCAUCAUCUCUAAGGAGACUUUAGAGUUGUUUUCAGAUGACCUUGAAAAGAGGAAACGUCUACGGCAGAAGAAAGCUCGUGAUGAACGACGACGUGAACGCAGAAUUGAGAUAGAAGAAAACAAGAAACAGGGCAAAUAUCCAGAGGUCCAUAUUGCAUUAGAGAAUCUGCAGCAGUUCCCUGCUUUUACCUCCUGCCCCAGAGAAACUACCAGCACUGGUCAUCAGAACUUCUGUCUCUCUCCUCUUGGCAGAAGCCCUGUGUUUCAGACAGAGUCUAUUCCAGCUCCACUGUUACCUGCUGACAGCCAGGUCAGCCCAUUGCUAUGUGGGAGUUUAGAAGAGGAGUCUCCCUUCCCUUCCUUUGCCCAGAUGUUGAGAGUUGGAAAGGCAAAACCAGAAACAUGGCCCAAACCUGCUCCAAAGACAAGAGAUGAGAACACUCUGGCACUCCCUGUGCCAGUGGAUAGUGAUGGAGAAAGUGACAGCUCUGACCGCAUACCUGUGCCCAGCUUCCAGAAUUCCUUCAGCCAAGCUAUUGAGGCAGCCCUCCUGAAACUGGACAAACCGUCCACAGCUGAUCAUUUAUCAGAGGAAAAGGGAGGCAAGAAAAGAAAGAAACAGAAGCAGAAGCUAUUGUUCAGCACCUCUGUUGUUCACACAAAGUGAUUCUGCUAUUCAAGAGAAGUUUCCACUCCUGGUUUUCUUUUCAUUUUGCUUUGUUUUGCUGCUAUAGUUUAAGUAUUUAAAUUUGAACAGACUAAACUUGUGUUCCCAGGGCUUCUAGGGGGUUCAGGAGGAAACCAUGACAGUAUAUGUUGAAGUAAGAUCUUUUGAUUCCAACUGCUUAAUCAGUUUAUACUGAAACAAAGUUUUGAAAGAAACAACCCAGAGACAAAUCAGCCAAGGCUUCUAGUCUGCCAAGUCAGUUCUUUUGGCCUAAUAAGCAGUAUGAAAGGUUUUACAGCUGUGUGGCACUGCCAGAAUACUGCAAUAUUACCUAAGUGAAGAGGCAGAGCGCCUUUAUUUCCCUAGAAGUAUUUGUGGGCAGAAGUCAUUCUGACUGUGACGGUAGUGCUGUUUCAGUAAAGCUGUCAAACUGCUCUCUUGGGAAACUGGUUUCUGCUGCACUGGAAAUGAGCAAAAGAGCUUACUGGCUUUAGAGUGUUAGCUGCUAUAGCUGUUCUUUUUUUAAAGAGCAAGAAUUCCUCCUGUUCUCCUGGCUUGGAAAGAUUUAAAGCUGAGGUGAGUGUAAAGCAGAACUUGGCUACUUGGUUUUGAAGUGACUCUUGAUGAAUUUGUGUAUUUCAAAAUGCAUACUGGCACUAGUGGUAGAAGGAACCUCCUGGCUUAUCUCAGUUGUUC